AUGGCCACCGGUUCCAGCUGGAAGAUGGCACGGGAGGAACUGGUCAAAAUCUCCAUCGCCGACGCCACCGAACGCUCAACACGCGCCCUUCGCGCCGUGGGCUUCACGGCCGACGAUGCGGCCACGAUCUGCGCACACAUCAUGGACGCCCAGCUGCGCGGGUACGGUCCCACGGGACUGGCCAGAGUCCUGACCAUCGCGGACCGGGUCAAGGACAAGCUGGUGGGCAGCGCCGACAUGGUGGUCACGCGCGAGCGCCCUGCUUCCGCACAGCUCGACGCCCGCGGCGCCAUCGGCUACCUGUCAGCGUACCGGGCGACGGAGAUGGCGAUCGCGAAAGCCAAGGCCACGGGGGGUGUCGGCGUCGUGGGCGUCAGCGACACGUUCUACGCCGGCAUGCUGUCGUACUACGCCGAGAUGUGCACGCGGGCGGACCUGGUGGCGUUGAUCGUGGCGAGUGCGGGACCCUGGGUGGCGCCUGAGGGCAGUUCGACGGCGCGGUUUGGCACGAAUCCCAUGUGCAUCGCGUUCCCAUCGGGGUCUGCCCGCCCCGUCAUCUGGGACAUUGGCACGUCCAAGAUCAUCCACGCCCAGGUCAAGCUGGCCCAGCUCAUGGGUGAGCAACUCCCCGAAGGGACGGCGUUUGACAGCGAAGGACAUCCCACCAGGGACCCUUUCAAGGCCCUUCCCGAGGACGGUGGCGCCAUGGCCGUCUGGGGCGGGCACAAGGGCAGCGGUCUGGCCAUUGCUAUCCAGCUUCUGGGUGCCCUAGCCGGGGCUCCGGCACACACGGCCAACAACGAGGGCUGGGGAUUGCUGGUGAUCGCGCUGGACCCGGAGAUGUUUCGCCCGAUCGACGACUUCAAGCGCGAAGUCGACGCAUACUCGGAGACUAUUAGGGCCAGCAAGCCUCUAGAGGGCAACGGGGGGCCCAUUAGGAUGCCCUUUGAUCGUAGCUGGGAGAGCCGCGAGCGGACGCGCGAAGGGGGGUUUGUCGAGGUCGACAGGUCUGUCCUGGACGGGUUGCAGAGGUUGGUGGAUAGAGCAGCAAAAUAG